CCCUGCAUUCUGACCUCAGCUUCCUAACAAGCUGGGAUAUUCAAUGACAAAAAAAAUUCACUGAGCCUUAAUGUAGCCUAUACGUCACAAAUAAAGUCUUCUUCAGGACUGGAGUCUACAGACUCCUACAGACCAACAGGAGGCAGAGUUCAUGUGGUGAAAAACAAAACUUAUAUUUAGUAUGAUGCAGUCAGUCCUGUAUUACAUUUUCGGUAGUUGAAGAGACCUAUGGCCUUAUUCUCAUUGUAUUAAAACAUGUUAAAGAUACGAUUAGGGCUUUUUUCAUGCUCAGUUGUUUUGCACUUCCCACUUAUAUAUCCUGAACUGUAGUCAGAGACAGUGUGAUAGUAAUCGCCUUGCUAAAGUAUUGUGUGUGUGUGUGUGUGUGUGUGUUAUUCAGCAGGGUGUAAUGUGUGGUUUCGGACGCAGCGCGUGCGGCUGUUUGUUUCCUUCCCGAGUUUGUUGUCUGUCAAACGUGCUGACGUCACGCGCGGCGGCGGAGCGCCCUCGCGAGUGUGUAGUAGAGAAGUUUUGCUAAUGUUGUGUGUCAUGCGAAUAUUUAGACGCUUUCAGAAGCCAACCUGAGAUCCUCGCGUCCACUUUUAAACGGGCGGUUCGGACUGUAGACUAGAAUUUCUGGAGCAAAUGUUCGCGGAUUGGCCCCCGACGGGCGCUUUGGGAGAGUGUUCCGGGUUUGCGAACUGGCAUCGCGUAACCCAAAGUACACUUUAGAAAGUUGGCAUCGGCCUGCUGUAGCAAGCCUGCAUUAUGCUGAUUUGAUCGAGUAGAUAAGAUAGCAUUAAGAAAACAUUUUUUUAAAUAACACGAGCUCGAGCGCAGAUGCAAUGACUGCUGCGAAGUACGGAGGCGAGGAGCUCGAUUUCAGACUGACUUUUGGGGAGGACAGUCAAGCGACGGCCUCAGGCCACACAGAUGUCCAUGCAGAUAAUGGCCCGACCUACUACCACUUAACUACACUCCAACAGCCUGUUUUCCAGCAGCAUCCAGAGGUGCAAUAUGUCACCCAAUCAUCACACUCCCAAGGCCCUCUUACCAGCAGCUAUGCUGCUUCGAGCUCUGGCUCCAAUCCUGUAGAUUCUCCAAGCCGUGUGUUUGAUUGCCCCAGCAUUCAGAUCACUUCCAUCCCAACGACCUGCCAACAAGAUCUGGGUGCCCAGCAACACAGGGUCCAUUUAGAGCAAGAAGGAGCCUCUGGUCCUCUAACAUCCAGGGACCAGCUGUAUUUACCUCUAGAUGUGUCCUAUAGAGACACCUCGGCAUUGUGCCCGAGUCCCUGCAGUAGCUUGUCGUCCCGCAGCUGGCUCUCAGAUGCCUCCUCCUGUGAGUCUUUCUCCCAUGUUUAUGAUGACGUGGAAGCUGAGCUGACUGAAGCAACAGCGAGUUUCAGGUUUACAUCGCCACUCGUGUCACCACAGGGCUCUCCUCUGCCCUCUCCUCUCGCCUCACCCCAGGUAUCACCACAGGUGUCUCCUAUGGUGUCGCCAUUUGGCUCUCCAUCCUGUGCAUACACUGAGGACCCUUGGUCUCGUUAUCAUCAACAGCAGCGCCCCUACUCUCAUUCACUGUCGCCCCAUCAUUCACCUUAUCAGUCACCUCGCACUAGUGUUAACGAGGACACUUGGCUCAGUGCCCGGCCGCAGUCGUCAUCCUCCUCGAAACCCUCUUCUCGUCCCACUUCGCCAUAUGGGAAGCGCCCAUAUUCCAGCGCCGAUGGUAUACAAGGCUCGUCCUCACCUCAUUUCUCUCCCACCCCGAGCCCGUCUCAUUCUCCACGAGGCAGUGUGACUGAUGAGACAUGGUUGGGAAGUACUGCCAUGAUGGCUGGCACCUUCCAGGCCUGUGCACCUGACAUGGACAUCCCCUCUAAAACCAGACGGACUUUUCAGAGUAACCACAGUCAGGAUUGUAUGGCCAUGUUGCUUGGGGAUUCAGGGCUUGAGGAGAAUAGCCUUGUGUCCCCCUCGCUGGAUUCAAAUAUAGAAGUGUCACUGCCACCCAUGAAGAAAGAAGACAUAGUGGAACACUACUUGUCGGUCCCUACACCUUUUACUUGGGGAAAACCUAAGCAAUCACACAAUCCUUUGUUCAGGUCCACAUCUUUACCCUCACUGGACUGUUCACUGCCCAGCCAGUAUGGGCAGUGUGAGCUAAAGUUGGAGGUUCAACCCAGACCCCACCACAGAGCCCACUAUGAGACAGAGGGCAGUCGAGGAGCCAUUAAAUCAGCAUGUGGAAGACACCCUAUUGUGAAGCUACUUGGGUACAAUGAGAAACCAGUCAGCCUGCAGAUGUUCAUUGGGACAGCCGAUGAUCGUCAUGUGAAACCACAUGCAUUUUAUCAGGUGCACAGGAUAACAGGAAAGACUGUAGCCACUCCGAGCCAGGAGAUGGUGAUCGGCAGCACCAAAAUCCUAGAGAUUCCUCUUCUUCCUGAAAACAACAUGUCUGCCAGUAUUGACUGUGCUGGGAUUCUGAAGCUCAGAAAUUCUGACAUUGAGUUGCGGAAGGGGGAAACCGACAUCGGGCGCAAGAACACGCGUGUGCGAGCUGCGUUCCGUGUGCACAUUCCCCAGGCCAACGGAAAAGUGCUCUCGCUGCAAGUGGCCUCCAUCCCUAUAGAGUGUUCCCAGCGCUCAGCCCAGGAGCUUCCUCAGAUAGAGACAUUCAGCCCUACCUGUGACUCUGUGAUGGGAGGCCAGGAGCUGCUGAUCACCGGCCCAAACAUCACCCCAGAGUCAAAGGUCAUCUUCCUGGAAAAAGGCCAUGAUGGUCGAACUCAGUGGGAAGUGGAUGCAAAAACAGUUCAUGAAAAGAGUAGAGAUACUAGCAUUGUGGUGAAAAUCCCUCCAUAUCGUAAGAGGAUCUUGGGGUCGUCUGUACAGGUACAAUUUUACAUCAGCAAUGGGAAAAGGAAGAGGAGCCUUAUGCAACGCUUUACUUACGUCCCAGCAGUGCAGGUCAAGCAGGAAUAUGACCGUGUUGAAGAUACUACAACCUGUGACCAAGCAGAGCACUUCAGCCCUCUGGAGCAGUGGCUCUACUCUGCAGGCCCAGUUUGUGUUCCAUCCUCCAAUCAGCGUAGCUUCUCUCCCAUGGGUUCUCCCUAUCUCAGUCGACAUCAUCCUCCAGAUGGCAGCCUCAGUGAUACAUCUGGGCUUCACCCAAUAUUACACCCAUCAUCAGUGGCUUUUGCUAAGCCCUCCUCAUAUCAAGGACCUCAGCAAAACCUUCCUUACAAUGGACAGCUUAGUCUUCCCUCUGAUGCUGCAUCAAUGCAAGGAGGCAGACCAUCAGCUGUUAUGUCUGAGAAUGUGAGCUCUGUACUAGGAAUUGGGUAUCAAAACACUCCUGGAGGUGUUCAUAGCUUGAAUCAAGUCUCUGAUCACAGGCAUAACGAGGGCUACCUCAGCCCUACCUCAGGGACAAACCAGUGUGAUCCAAAUAGCCUCAAUAACUAUCGAUCUGCUCGUGAUUCUGAAGAGCUGGUCGUGUUUCCAAAGUCCUCGUCCUCUCUGGAGGUUCUUGCCUCCACCAUAGUGCCUUCUACCUCACACUUGAACAGAGAGGCUCUUGUAAACCCAAAAUCUAAUGCAUCCCUUUCCCCAGCUGGUACAAGUGGAACCAUAAGCUCUUCGGGAGCUGAAGCUUCAUCAAACCACUCCAUGGAUGGACAGAGGCUUAACAUUAAACAGGAACCGGAGAAGGAGAAGGAGCUCACCUUCCAGUCCAUCGGGCUGGAGGAUAUCACUCUUGAUGAUGUGAGCGAGAUCAUAGUGAGAGACUUGUUCCAGAGUCCAGAUUCAGCACCGGAUGGAUGCUCAUAGCUUAAAGUAGCCACACCUGAGAAAUCAGGAAUGCAGUACUGUAGAUGCAGGGCUUAGCGUAUGUACUCUGACUGCCACUAAAGAGAAUAAAUAAAUAAAUGAAUGUGUCAAUGAAGAUCGCUAUAUACUAUGAUGAUUUAAAGCUAUGCUAGGUUAUAUCCUAUCUUGGCAAAUGUGAAUGUUCAGUCUGAGACUUUUUUUUUUUUUUUUAACAUUAAGGACUCUUUUGCUGGAUUUAAUGUGUCUUUUGCUGAGGUGCCUUAAGUGUAAAAUAUUCAACUCUUUGCUAAAUGUUGACUGUGAAGCAUAUUUAAGACUCAAAACUAUGCAAUAUGGUUUUAUAAACAAAAUAUUUUAGAAUAGCUGCAUAGGAUCAUUUGGACUGUUACACUGUCAGCUGGGUGUGUUAGUUUAUCACAUUUCUGAAUUGUUUUUAUUUGUAAUUUGGAAUAGCUUAGUUGCAGAAAUGACAUUAAUUUGAAAUGCUUUCAGGUAAAGAACCCACUAAUUGAUAGACACUUAUGUGUCUAUGUGUUAAGUGAUUGUUUCCCAAAACCAAGGUUCGUAUUUAUGAAUUUGUAUGAAACAUUAAGGUACAUGACAUGUAUUGAAAUUCAUAUUAGUUUUGUGGAAAGAUUGAAAAUAAAAGCAUUUUGUCCUUAUAUACUUUGAACAUAAUACCUGGUUUAACCUUUUUUUCCAGUGAAAAUCCUUGUGUACAUAUACAAUUAUGGCCUUGAACUCACAGGACUUCUGAACAUAUUAGUAAAUUGAAGCUCAAAAGUGUUUUCUUUCUUCUUACUUAUUGCUGGAGGUGUGCUGGUACUGUGGUAAUCAUUGCUGCCUCACAGCUUCAAGGUCCCCCCAAAAAAGCUUUAUUUUUCCUCCUACAGUCACUAUACUUUAGAAGAGUUAAAGUUGGGUAAGAUUUGUCAAAAUUUGGCAAGAUUAGGCCUGUAAUGCUUAAACAGGAAUGCUUAAGUAGAGUUUAAUCAGAUUUUAACGACUUUUUCUUUCUUUUUUAACUCCUUGAUCCCUUCCCUCCCCCCAUUCUUCCAAUUUGCACGGAGCUCUGCCCCAGAACCUACAGGGGUUCAACUAGAGUUAGCAUGCUGACUAGAGUUAGCAUUAGCAAGGAGUGUCGUUAAAUCACUUUCGAGCAAACUGCUUAAAGGCCAAGUUAGAAAAUUACAAAGACAAAAAAUUCAGUUAAUAAUUUUGUUUACGAGUGCCAUCACUGUCCUUUGUAAUAAGCUAUCAUGAGCUCAUAAGCUCCGAUAUUACCUUGUUAGCAUUGUUAAUUAAAAGCUUGAACGUUAUAAUAUAAUUCAAUAGCCUGUUGUCAAUUAUUCCUUACAUAAACACAAAAUUCAUAAUGA